AAUAAAUUUAGCAUCUAAAUUUUACAGACAGAACCCAUUUCUCUCUCUCUCUCUCUCUCUUGCACUCUGGUCGGUGAAAUCCCAAAUAGCAGUAAAAAGGAGAAGAAGAUGCUCAGAGUGGCGGGGAGGAGGCUCUCAUCUCUGGCGUGGAGGUCGUCGCAUACAACCCCAGCCUUCGUCUCUUGCGGCCAGCAUCCCUUUAUAAACGACACCGACUCAGACUCAUCCUCCGAUGGCUCUUCCAGAUCAAUCAUCUCCAACCCUCAUUUCUCCUUCUAUUCCCGCUUUCCGCAUCUCAUCCGAGAGUUUUCUACGGAAGCCCUCACCCCAGGACAUGAUGUGGGCAUGAUCUCAGAACCCCCAGCUACUGUGGAAGCUGUCAAGAACCCUACUUCAAAAAUUCUAUAUGAUGAGCACAACCAUGAACGCUAUCCACCUGGUGACCCCAGCAAGCGUGCAUUUGCCUAUUUUGUAUUGACGGGUGGCAGGUUCGUGUAUGCUUCCUUGAUCCGGCUGCUAAUCCUCAAGUUUGUGCUGAGCAUGUCUGCGAGCAAAGAUGUCCUUGCCCUUGCUUCCCUUGAGGUUGAUAUCUCAAACAUUGAGCCUGGGUCUACUGUUACCGUGAAGUGGCGUGGGAAGCCAGUUUUCAUUAGGCAUCGAACUGAAGAGGACAUCAAAUUGGCUAAUAGUGUAGAUAUUGCGACUCUUCGUGACCCACAACCGGACUUGGAGAGGGUUAAGAAUCCAGAAUGGCUUGUUGUUGUUGGGGUCUGUACUCAUUUGGGUUGCAUUCCCUUGCCAAAUGCUGGUGACUAUGGUGGUUGGUUUUGCCCAUGCCACGGAUCUCAUUAUGAUAUUUCUGGCAGGAUUCGCAAGGGGCCUGCACCAUACAAUUUGGAGGUACCUUCUUACACCUUCUUGACUGAGAACAAGUUACUGGUGGGGUCAGGGUGAGAAUUGAUGAGGGAGUUUUUUUUUUGGAGCAGUAUUGUCACUGCAAGAUCUCAUAAAGAUGGUUUCCUUUACUCUUGAAAAGUCUGAUGACUUAACUGAAACGAAAUUAGUUUUUUUUUCUUUUUCUUUCUCUGUUCAGUUAUGCUUUAUAAAAUAGACACUGUAGCUGCAGCCAGUUCGGGACAAGGUCCCAGCGUUCUGAAUAAUACAGGUGGACUUCUGUUGGAA